UGUAGUACGGAGGAGUCGUGGCGCGAAGAGAAGCGUGAACCGUGGAGACUCUGAGAAAAGCACGCGGAAGACGAGGUUCUGCAGGAGAGAAUCUCAGAGCAGUCUGGGAAGUGUAGUCCAGUUCGCUUAGCAGAAGAUUCGCGGUGGGCGCCGGGGUUCCGGGAAAACGCUGAGCAGGCUUGAAAAGAGGCUGUGGCUAUGCCUUUUAACUCUGGAGAGGGAGCAUAAGAAGUGUUUGUUUAAUGAAUGAAUGACCUAUCCAUUUAGGACCUGUUUAGACCCUGAGGAUAACCCUGUGAGUUGCUGAUAGUUCACUGGGUCUGGCCCUCAGUGUUGAUCUCAGUAUGCUGCGGCGAAAACCAACCCGCCUGGAGCUGAAGCUUGAUGACAUUGAGGAGUUUGAGAGCAUUCGAAAGGACCUGGAGACCCGUAAGAAACAAAAGGAAGAAGUGGACGUCGUAGGAAUCAGUGAUGGAGAAGGUGCCAUUGGGCUGAGCAGUGACCCCAAGAGCCGGGAACAAAUGAUUAAUGAUCGAAUUGGUUAUAAACCCCAACCCAAGCCCAAUAAUCGUUCAUCUCAAUUUGGAAGUUUCGAAUUUUAGAGGCAGAUUGUCUGGCAUGCCAGAGCCCUGGAAUGGAGUAAAAUGAUGGCAGAAGUACAAACAAGAUUUAGAGAAUUGAGUGCAUGCAGUCAAGCAGAAUGUUUUACCUCCUGCAGAAACACUUCUGCAUGAGAUUACUGAUGCUUAACUUUUGCUCUAAGUGGAAAUCUAAACUCUAGUUUGUCUCUGGAAAAUUUGACUCUAUAAAACUUGUCUGAUUUUUGUUUUUAAAAAUAAAUAUAUUUUUGGAAAAG